AUGCAAAAGACUCUAAAAGAUAUUAGUAAUAAAGUUGGGAAUGAGAAAGAUGGAAGCUUUCCAUCUCAUAGGGACAAUAAUGUAUUUAAAAGACUAACGCUAUCACCUCCAAAAAAAUACUUGUCCAAACCAUCAAGUAAUUCCCCUUCUAGACUACCAGUUUCAACAUCAGGUAAUGUUAAGGGAAAAUAUGGAAUUCAGGUUACUCCUAAGAGAAUUGCUUCACCAGAUUGUUUAAAAGAUUUUAACGUCAAAAUAGAUCAACCUCUAAUGAUGACAGAUUCAGGUAGCAAAAAACGUUCUGUUUUAGUGGAUACAGAUUCUGUAACAAAGGUAACGUUCCCAACAUCACCAAUUAAAAUCAAAUUUGCAGAAACGAAACCUCUUGGAGGAGAUGGUUCUCUAAAUAGAAUAAGAGCAAAAUUUAAGAAUGGACUAAUGUCUCCUGAAAGACACAAUGCAGGAUCCACAUCAAUACUUCAUUCUGAACCAAUUAAUGAAAUCAGACCUUCGUUAAGAGCAGGGAGAAAUCUAUUCAAAGAGUUGCAAAGGGAAGACUCAAUUGGAUCUGAAGAGGAUUACAAUUCUGUAACUAAAAGAAACACAUCAUACAAUGCCAGUAUGAAAAAAUCGGGAUCGAUUACGAAAUCAUCUCCAAUGAAGAAAUCUGUAAAGUUUGCAGUUCCUUCAGAUGAUCAGGAAUAUUCUGAAUUAAAGAGUGAAUUAAGCGAUAUAAAGAAUUUAUUAUUAAGUUUAGUCAAUAAACAAACUUCAAUCGAAUCAAGACUUUCACAAUUAGAAGAACAAAAUAGAUAA